UCUAACUGAACAAAACAAUUUUACCCAGAAAACGAUCUUGGCGAAACCUUUCCAAAGUGUAAAACUUUACAGUUUAACCAACUUUUUGUAAGAUCAAAUGCAGAAAAAAGCUUUUGUCACUUUCAUUUUCAUCUGACUAUGAAAGCUGUUAUUUUAGCUGCAGGUUAUGGAACAAGACUGCAAAGGGACAUCGAGAAUGACACUACCGGGAAUUUCAAGCAUCUGGGAGGCAUUGCAAAGCCACUGCUUCCUGUCGGACCAUGUGCCCUUAUCACACACUGGGUCCAGGCACUGACCAAAACACGAUGUGUGGACACAGUUUAUGUGGUUACGAAUGAUCUUUACCAUGAAGCAUUCCAGCAGUGGGCUCAAGAAUUCCUCAAUGUUAAAAUAAUCAAUGAUGGAACAAGAAGAAAUGAGGACAGACAUGGUGCUGUUGCCUGUCUUCAGCUAACGGUCAAGUUGUGUGCUGUGGAUGAACACUUACUAGUUAUCGGAGGAGAUACUUUAUUCAAAGAGGAUUUCAGCCUGAGGAAAUUCACAGAGAGGUUCUUUGAAGUGCAAAGUAAAGACAAAGAGAGCAACUUAGUGCUGUAAUGCACAUAAUGCAGUAGGUUUUUUUUGUAUUGUUUGAUACAAGAUGACAUUUCAAUACUAUUUAUCCUUAAUAUUAGAGUCAAUAUCUUUAAUGUUUUAUCCCCACUUUGCAGUGUCCUUGCUUUUACUUGUUUUCAAGAACCUCACUUCCGCUUUUGGACAUUUUUCUCAGUGAGAAGAAGAAUGCACCCCUUGAAGAGCGGGAUGCACCAGGGACCUUUCUCUCAUGGCUCAUAUUAAGGAGGCCUGUGUAAGUGCACAGGAUAUCUGGACGAUUUGAUGUGGGAAAUCUUCCAUCAUACAUAGAAUGUGACAAAUACUUCAAGGACCAACUGCAAAAUCCUUCUGUUUAUUUAAUGUAGUUCAAACAUGUAAUGACAUACAGAAUAAAACUUAUUGCCAUAAA